GGAAAUGACGUCCAUGAGUGCAAUAACACAGACGUCCGACCUUACAAAUAAGGCAGCUCUUAUUCCGCUUGCAACCGAAAGGCCAGUUUAUUACAGAAUGUCAGGUAUUGAAGAAACUUCAAAUGUAUCCUCAGAAUUUCAGGAGGAGAGGAGCGAGGAAGAGGUCGAAGAGGAGAUUGGCUAUGAAGACCCGUUCCGUUAUGUGUUUUACAGAGACAGGAAAGAAUGGGCUGAUUUAGAGCCUGUUCCUCAAGAUGAUGGUCCCAAUCCUGUUGUGAAGAUUGCCUACUCUGACAAGUUCACAGACGUGUAUGACUAUUUCCGAGCGUUACUGAAGAAUGAUGAAAAAAGUGACCGGGCACUCUUGCUGACAGCUGAAGCCAUUGAACUGAAUGCUGCAAAUUACACUGUAUGGCACUACCGGCGAGUUUUACUGCAGGCCCUGGAGAAGGACCUGAGAGAGGAGAUGAGGUACAUCACAGCCAUCAUCGAGGACCAGCCCAAAAACUACCAAGUCUGGCACCAUAGACGAAUGGUGGUGGAGUGGCUGAACGACCCCUCGGAGGAACUGGAGUUCAUUGCAGAGAUCCUAAGUCAGGACGCUAAGAACUACCAUGCCUGGCAGCACAGACAGUGGGUCAUCAAGGAGUACAAGCUCUGGGACAGUGAGCUGGAGUAUGUGGAGCAGCUUUUGGAGGAAGAUGUGAGGAACAACUCGGCAUGGAACCAGAGGCACUACAUCAUCUCCCACACGACAGGCUACUCAGACCCAGCCAUACUCAACAGAGAAGUGCAGUACAGUCUCAAACAGGUUAAGAAGGCUCCCCACAACGAAAGUGUGUGGAACUAUUUAAAAGGGAUUCUACAGGACCUGGGCCUGUCAUCCCACCCGGGUCUCCUGGAGCAGAUUCUGGAGCUUAAGGAGACCCACUGCUCGCCCUACUUGUUGGGCUUCCUGGUGGACAUCUACGAGGACUUCCUGGAGAACACCUUGGAACACCACGAGGAAGUCCUCAGUAAGGCCCUGGAGCUCUGUGAGCUCCUGGCCCAUGAGAAGGACACCAUCCGGAGGGAGUACUGGAGCUACGUGGGCCGCUCCCUGCAGACUAAAUACGGCUCCAGUGACCCCUCUACCACCACCAGCGCCCCAGGAAUUGACCCAGGAUCAGCCUCAGGCUCCGUUCACCAGGAGACACCCUGCAGUAGCUGAGGGAAGACAUGGAACUCAAUGGGAGUCGAGGGAGCAACCGCUUUUAACCAGCCCAAGUUUGUUUGGCAAUAGCAUUACCACAUAAAAAAAGGAGAUAAGUAACAAAAUAAACACUUGUAGCUUACUGUAAAAGAGGUAACUCACUCCAGAUAAGUGUUAUGACAUAGGGUUGGAUCAUCCCUGGAUUUCCAAAUAUGGACAGCUGCUGUCAUUGUCUUGUAUUGAAGUUUAUAGCCAUAGUUGAGCUAGAUUGGAUGUUGAUUACGUGAGUGUGUGGUAACGAGUCAUUACUGUGAAAUUAGGCUUGUUUUGGAUUUGUUCUGCUGCGCAGUACACAGGAACACUGUAGCUAAGAAGCCAUUAACAAAUCUCUGUGUAGAUUCAUAUUGAUGACGUUGCCAAAACACUGUAUAACCAGACUCGGCAUUGCUGUAGGCUAAAGAGUCUUUUGUACGCUAGAACUAAUUAUGAUUAUUCUAAACUGGAAGUUUUGCCCUUGUCCUUUUUUUCUCUCUCGAUUCCAACACACGUGCCUCAUUCUAACGUACCUACUUUUCAGUCAUUUUCAUUCACUCUACUUGGCAUAAUGGGUCUGUGUGUUUGAGUUCAGCCAGUAAUUGUCUCAUCUGGAUUCGCUCCCACUAACGAGCGAGAUGAAUAAAACACAUCCGCUCAUUGAA